AUGGGACAGAAAUUAUCACUAUUGGCACCAUCAGCACCAACUGUUGCUGUGUCAUCAUAUGUGGAUGCACUACAUAAUUAUCAAUAUGUUGAAGUGAUAAAUAACUCACGAUUUUUAAAGACGAUAAAGGCAAUUGAUAAGACGACGGGGAAUUUAGUAACAAUAAAACUUCUAAUUAAACCAGCAUCUCCCAAUUACUCCAUUCAAUUACAACAAGUGAUUGAAUUAAUGGUAAAACAAUCAUCCCUUUUAUAUCCAUUCAAAAAUGCAUUACCGUGGCACAGAUUGAUUGAGACUGAUCGUGCUGGUUACGUUGUUCGACAAAUGAUAAAAACAAACUUGUAUGAUAGACUAUCGAUCCGUCCAUUUCUUGAACCCAUUGAAAAAUUAUUUAUAACCUACCAAAUUUUGAAAAUCAUUAAUGAAAUACAUUCCUUAAACAUUCAUCAUGGUGAUUUGAAAUUGGAGAAUUUUUUGAUAACGUCUUGGAAUUGGUUAUUAUUGAGUGAUUUUUCCAAUUUGUUGAAACCGACGUACAUACCAGAAGAUAAUCCAAAUCAAUACUCAUUUUAUUUUGACACUUCAGGGAGACGAUUAUGUUAUAUUGCACCAGAAAGAUUCUAUAAUUCUCAAGAUCAUCCUAAACAUAUUCUGAAUUUUAAUGACGAUGGUCUGUUUACCAUGAAAAAUAGUGUUACUGAUGCAAUGGAUUUGUUUAGUACAGGAUGUGUCAUUGCAGAAUUGUAUAAUGAUGGAGAACCAACGUUCACAUUGUCUCAAUUGUUUAAAUUUAUGAAAAAUGAAUACACUCCAGAUCUUUCAGGAAUUUAUAAUAAAGAUAUCGUUACGAUAAUUGGAAAACUAAUAAAACUAGAUCCUAAUGAACGAUCAAGUGCACGAGAAAUAUUAGAUGAAAAUAAAGGUACUUGUUUCCCAGAAUUUUUUUACAGUUUUCUUUAUGAUUUUAUGGAAAUGUUAAAUAAUCAAGAGAAUUUUGUAUUAAAUGCCAAUAACGAUAAUAUAUCAAUCAGUGAUAUGAAAAUAAGUUAUAUAUAUGACAAUUUUGGAUUAAUUAGCAAACUGCUUAAGUUUCAAUAUUCAAUGGAUGAGUCCAAUUUUUCACGAGAUGAUAUUUUGCCUAUGAAAUUAAAUUUGGAGACGAUGCCAUUCAACUAUAGAAUCAAACAAAGCAAAUUUAUCGAUGAUGAUCUGCAAGAAGCAGCAUUGAUUUUAUUGAAUGUAGUGACAUCUUUUUCUCAAACACUUAAACAAGUCAACAGUAAGAUAAAAUGUUGUGAAUUGAUUGUGGCGUUAUCGGAACGAAUCCGUGAUGAAUCCAAAUUAGAUCGAGCCAUACCAUAUCUAUGUUUAUUCUUGGAUGAAUAUAUUGAAGGUGCAUUUCAUCAGCAAGAAGGUCCCCAAACUGCUUCAAAAGUUGUAUGUAUGGCACUUUAUUCAUUGACUACACUUUUAAUGUCGUGUUCUUAUAUCAAUCCAAUCAAUAUGCUAAUAUUUCCAGAAUACAUUUUACCGAAAAUUUAUAACUUGCUAACUGUGAAAAGUGAUUCUAGUUCUCAAAGAUUAGUUAAUUGUGCAGUUGCCGUAUGUCUACCGUAUUUGGCUGCUACUGCGAAAAGGUUUUGGAUUAUGUCAAAAGCGUUUAAAAAUACCAAUAAUGCUUUGAGUACUCUAGUGUCACCUGAAGAUGCAAUGCAAUCGUUUAGUAAUUUAUCAUUAACUAAAGAUCAAUUAGAUCUGAAAUUUAAAGAGAUUACCAUUUUAUUAUUAACUGAUUCAGAAUCACCAGUGAAAAUAAGUCUACUUAAUAAUAUCUUACCAUUGUGUCAAUUUUUCGGACAAGACAAGACAAAUGAUAUUAUUUUACCACAUUUAAUAUCGUACUUGAAUGAUACUGAUCAAGAAUUGAGAUUGGCGUUUUUAUCGUCAGUUUUACAAAUGGGACCAUUUAUUGGGGUCUUAUCAUUUGAACAGUAUAUUUUACCGUUAUUAGUACAAACAAUUGGUGAUGGAGAACAAUUUGUUGUUUUAAAAGUGUUGGAAAUUUUUAAUAUGUUUGUUAAAGAACGACUCAUCAAUCCGAGAACCGAGUUUAAUGCAUUGGAUGUGUAUAAGGAGCUAUUAUUAAACAGUAUAAACUUAUUGUUACAUCCGAAUGAGUGGAUUCGACAAUCAGUGAUAAACCUCAUAAUAUCUGUGAGUGCUAAUUUGACUGAUGCUGACAAAUAUUGUUUUUUGUAUCCAUUGAUUAAACGAUUUUUGAGUUAUGAUUUGUCUAUCAUUGAUUGGAACACAUUAUAUCCAUGUUUAACUAAACCAUUAACCAAGCAAAUUUAUGAUUUAGCCAUCACUUGGUCAUUAAAUUCAACGUCUAAAUCAUUGUUCUGGCAACAAAAGAAUUUUUCAAUGUUAACAACUAAGCAGUCAGGGAACAACAUCACCAAAAAGAUGAAAAAAAUGAUUUCUUUUAAUAAAGAUAUGGGUAAAUCUGUUUAUUUACCACAAAUGAUGUCAGAAUUAACUUUCGCCAAUGGAUCAAACCAAAAAAGUAAUCUGACAAUUCCUUUAUCGCUGGAAGAUAAACAAUGGUUAUUAAAAUUGAAAUCAAUUGGUUUAGAUGAUAAAUCACUUUGGAAAAUUCUUGCAUUAAGAGAUUACAUUUAUCAUGUGGGUCGAUCUCCUACUUCCACGUUAAAUAAACGAUUGAAAGCAACUACUAAUGAGAUACUGAUUUUACCACGGAAUAUAUUUUUCACCGUAGUAUAUCGAUCAGAACCACUAUCGAUAUCUAAUGGAACUCGAGAAGAAAGAAUUCUUGGAAGUAAUGCCGAGGAAACUGUAUCUAUAAGAACUUCUUCUCGUAGAGGUUCUAAUUCAUUAAUAUUACCUCAAUUAGAAAGAGUUACAGCAUCGGUUCAAACCGUCGAGGCAAAUAUUAUGGGUGAAAUGGAAACGCAUAAUUCAGGAGUGAAUAAAGAUGGUUGGUUUAAUGAUUCAAACACUUCACAUAAAGUGUUUAGUGUUAGUAAUUCGAAAAUUAUCGUCUCACAUAUCAAACAUACGUAUACUGGAGAGAAUCCGUAUAUAUUGAAUUUUUUAAAGAAUCCUAAAUUUCAACCUAAUUUGUCAGAUUUUGAAGAAUUUGGGAAAACAAUAAUUAAACAUCAAUACCUGCAACAGCAACAGCAACAACAAAAUCAGAAUCAACAACAGCUAAAAACUAUUGACAUGUUACCACCUAUGAAUGUUUUGGUGGCAAGUUUUAGAUCUUCAGACAAAGAUAAUAGAUUAGAAGAGAUCAAUGCAUUAGCUGUUUGUCCAACAUCAGAAUUUUUUGUUACUGGAUCAUCAACAGGAAGUUUGAAAGUUUGGGAUAGUUUAAAAAUGGAAAAAUUAGUCACAGUUAAAAAUGCCAAUUUAUCAAUUGAAUUAAAUUCAAGUGUUUGUUCAAUUACAUUUUUACCUAAUAGAUUUGUUGUUAUUGUGACUACUAAUGAUGGAACCAUUCGAUUAUUCAGAAUAGAUGUUAUGAGAAAUAGUAAGAGUAAAAAAAUUGUUCGAUAUUUGAAAAUGCAUUUGAUUCGAAAAUAUAUACACGGUAAUGAUCAUGAUGGGAGUGGGAAUUGUAAUGGCACCAAGAAAUAUCAUCGUCCUAUUGAACAAAUCAAAUUUUUACAAGAUAAUUAUAUUAUAGGGGUUGAUGCUACAGAACAGAAAAUUAUCAUGUUAGAUAUAAUCACCAUGACAAUCCUGUCUGAAUUACAACAUCCAUUAAUUUAUGGGAUAAUUAAUACAUUUAUUGUAUAUAAAGAUUAUUGGUUAUUAGUGGGGACCGAUAAAGGGGUGUUAACUUUAUGGGAUUUACGAUUUAAAAUCAUUGUUAAAUCUUGGCAUGUCAAAAAUAAUGAAAAUAAUGAAAGACUUGGUUCUAUUAAUAAUUUAGAAUUAUUAUCUAAUUCAAUUAAAUUAUUUGAGACAAAGAAUGACGGUGGUAGUAGUGGUGGUAGUAGUAGUGCUUAUUUUGCCUUGAGUGGUAAUGAUGAUAUUAGUAUUUGGGAAUUACCAAGUUUAGAAUGUAAGGCGAUUUUAAAAACAAGUAAUGCCGUUAUGAAUUCAAGUACCAUUAUGAAAUAUUCAUUGAUUGAAUAUAAAGAUGAUGGUAAUGAAGAUGAACUUUUCAUUGAAGAAAUAAUCGAUGAUAUUGAACUUGACAUUGAUCAUGAAUAUGAUCGGAAAUUGAAUUUAAAUGUUUUAACAAUGAAAUUUUUCCAAUUCAAUACUAAUAAUAAUAAUAAUAAUGUGGAUUAUUUAAUGUGUUCAACCGGUAGUAAUCGAGUGAUAUUAUUUAAUUUGACAUCAAUUCAAGAUUCUGUGGUAUUGAAAUCUGACAAUACAAUAUUUAACACUCGUUAUUAUAAUAAUGUGGUUAUAAUUGAUCCUGUAUUUGCCAAUGAUCAAACAUUGCUAAAUGGAACUACUAAAACUAAUAUGUACAAUGUUGUUAAGUUGGUUGAUCAUUUAUUUGAACCAUUCCAUAUGAUUAUUACCAUUGAUAGGAAUAAUUGUGUCAAAUUAUAUAAAGCUGCUAACUGUUAG